ACCCUAUCCUAUCCUUAAGGUGCCUACGAUUUCCUUGCAGCCACCCCUUGGUGGACUCAUGGUUCGGCUUUUCAGGCAUCAUCAUCCUCAUCCCCAUCCCCAUCCCGGCCAUAGAUACGAGAGAGACAACAAUGAUGAGGGCUUGGACUCCCACUGCCUUAUGCUCUGCUCCAACUCCAACUACCGUCACUUCAAAGCCCAAACCCAUGGCAAGGGCACCUCCGCCCGUUCCUCUAAGCAGGCGCCACGGCCUUUCCGUCGGUUUCACCGCUCUUUCUCUCUCCCUACUUGGGAAUCCUUCCAGGGCUGCCAUCUUGGAGGCGGAGGACGAUGAGGAGCUCCUGGAGAAGGUGAAGAAGGACCGGAAGAAGAGGCUCCAAAGGCAAGGCGUCAUCAGCUCUUCAGACAAGGAAACUGGAUAUCUGCAAGAGCUUGUCUACAAGCUCAGCAAAGUGGGCCAAGCUAUUGAGAAUAAUAAUCUCUCUGCAGCAAGUUCUGUUUUAGGCCCAAGCGCCAAUGCUGAUUGGGUCCAAAAUGUCAAUACAGCUUUCACAAAGCUGAGCUCUAGUCCUGAAGAGAAAACUGAGGUGGACUUAUUCAAUUCCUCAUUGGCAUCUUUAUUUUCAUCAGUUGGCAAGCGUGACAUUGAAUCAUCGAAAUUGGCUUUUGUAUCAUCAGCUACUGCAUUGGAGAAGUGGAUAGGCUUGACUGGCUUAGUUGGUCAGCUUAAAGGUCUCUGACACCAAGUUGGAGCCUUGUCAGCACAGUGCAGUCACAGUGUAUUCCUUCUCAAGUGGAUUUGAAUUCCGAAAUGGCAUCUUCUUGUUUAUAUCUUGCAUUUUGGUUUGUAGGCUUCUUCCAUUACUAAGUUUUGCACAGUGGUAAAUUCAUCAAUGCUAUCCCUUUCUUGGUAGUAGUUGAAAACAGCUCAAUGAAAUGAAUUCAAUUAAAACCAACAUAGCAUCUUGCCAUGGGCAUCACCUACUCUCCCAACCUCACUCUCUCUAUGUGGUGGUAAUUGUGGGUCGUCAUGUGUGAUCACCCAAGCUUGUAAACUGUUAACGUUUUUCUGGAAAAGCUAAGGAUGCAAGACUUAUAGCAUUCUUUGAGAA